GGCGGUCUCCGGGCGCGCGCUCGCUGCAGCUCCACGCUCCCCUAGUUUGCGAGGCCGGCGUGCGCUGCCCCGAGGCCCCGAGCGCGCGCCUCCGGGGCUCCGACUUCCCUGGUCAGGUCCGCUAUGGCUCCCGACCCGGUGCCAACCCCGGUCCCGGCCUCCUCUCAGCUACGCCAAACGCGCUACUUUACUUGGGAGGAGGUGGCGCAGCGCUCCGGGCGGGAGAAGGAGCGAUGGCUCGUGAUCGACCGGAAGGUGUACAACAUCAGCGACUUCAGCCGCCGCCACCCGGGGGGUUCCCGGGUUAUCAGCCACUACUCGGGUCAGGAUGCCACGGAUCCCUUUGUGGCUUUCCACAUCAACAAGGGCCUUGUGAGAAAGUAUAUGAACUCUCUUCUGAUUGGAGAGCUGGCUCCGGAGCAGCCCAGCUUUGAACCCACCAAGAAUAAAGCCUUAACUGAUGAAUUCCGGGAGCUGCGGGCCACAGUGGAACGGAUGGGCCUCAUGAAGGCCAACCACCUCUUCUUCCUGUUCUACCUGCUCCACAUCCUGCUGCUGGACAUGGCUGCCUGGCUCACUCUUUGGGUCUUCGGGACAUCCUUGGUGCCCUUCUGCCUCUGCGCACUGCUGCUCAGUACAGUUCAGGCCCAGGCGGGCUGGCUACAGCAUGACUUUGGGCACCUGUCAGUCUUCGGCACCUCUACCUGGAACCACCUGCUGCAUCAUUUCGUGAUUGGCCACCUGAAGGGGGCUCCCGCCAGCUGGUGGAACCAUUUGCACUUCCAGCACCACGCUAAGCCCAACUGUUUCCGCAAAGAUCCCGAUAUCAACAUGCACCCCCUCUUCUUCGCCCUGGGGAAGGUCCUUUCUGUGGAGCUUGGGAAACAAAAGAAGAAGCACAUGCCGUACAACCAUCAGCACAAGUACUUCUUCCUGAUUGGACCCCCAGCCUUGCUGCCUCUCUAUUUCCAGUGGUAUAUUUUCUAUUUUGUUGUUCAGCGGAAGAAAUGGGUGGACUUAGCCUGGAUGCUCAGCUUCUAUGCCCGAGUCUACUUCACUUACGUGCCCCUGCUGGGGCUGAAAGGCUUCCUGGGUCUUUUCUUCAUUGUCAGGUUCCUGGAGAGCAACUGGUUUGUGUGGGUGACACAGAUGAACCAUAUCCCCAUGCACAUCGAUCAUGACCGGAAUGUGGACUGGGUCUCCACUCAGCUACAGGCGACCUGCAACGUUCAUCAGUCAGCCUUCAACGACUGGUUCAGUGGCCACCUCAACUUCCAGAUUGAACACCACCUCUUCCCCACCAUGCCCCGACACAACUACCACAAAGUGGCACCCCUGGUGCAAUCCCUGUGUGCCAAGUACGGCAUCAAGUAUGAGUCCAAGCCCCUGUUCUCAGCCUUCGCCGACAUUGUUUACUCACUGAAGGAGUCAGGGCAGCUCUGGCUGGAUGCCUACCUUCACCAAUAACAGCAGCUGCCCUCCAUCUGUGGGAGGAAAAGGACAACUGGAGCCAAAGCAGGGGAAGGUUGAGGGACAAUGCCACUAUGAGCCAGAUGUUUAAAGGGUUAGGAAACAUAGAUGUUUGUGCUCACACCUGCCCCUUUGCCUUCUAGGUACCAAACUGGAGGGAAGGGUGAACUGUUGGGGUAGGAAUGCAAAGCUGUUUUGUUGUUUCUUCUACUUUGGCAGAGGCAAAUGGUGAGCCCUAGGGAGCCCAGCAUGAAGUAGGAAGCCCCCCCCCACUAGAUAUCCCCCACUUGUAAACAGUGAGCCCAUCUCACUGGGCUAUCUGACUCUCCACCCUCCUUGUUAGUCUCUGAGGGCGUGUGACCCCUUUGAACAAGAUUUAGAAAGGGAGCAUUCAUGCAUAGAAUCCUGAGGCCUGGCACAGCUUCCUGCCCAGGAGUUCAGCUUGCUGCCGAGGGCUGGGUGUGACCUAUGUCUGCCUCCGGCUGCUGCGAGAAGCUAUUUUUCAGUUUCAGAAGCAGGCAGGGCAAAGGCCAGGACUGUGGUUUGGGAGGCAUUUGGCCCUGGAGGAUGCUGGCACACAUACUUCUCAUCUCCCAUUCCAUCCAGGUUCCUGAGAAAGCAUUAGAUUCUAGGUCUUGACAAAAUGGAUGGCAGAGUUACUGGCCUGUAACUGUUGGUCCACUUCUUCUCAUCAGUCCCCAAGGAAUAGACAAGGAAUGAGGUCUUUCCUCCUACUGAACCAUGAGGCUCCUGUAGGUUCCUUUUGCCUGUAAUUGUAAGUUCAACAAAACAGCAGAGACAGGUGUCUGUCAGUGUGUCAGGGAUCCAAGAGAUGCAGAGUCCCUUUUCCCUAUGUCAUGUAUAUGACAUUGUAUAACAUGGUUCCACUUGCUACAAAUAGGAAG